AUGAUUCUUCUUGCUGUGCUUUUUCUCUGCUUCAUUUCCUCAUAUUCAGCUUCUGUAAAAGGUCACACAACUGGUCUCUCAUUAAAUAAUGACCGGCUGUAUAAGCUCACAUACUCCACUGAAGUUUUUCUUGAUCGGGGCAAAGGAAAACUCCAAGACAGUGUGGGCUACCGAAUUUCAUCCAAUGUAGAUGUUGUCUUACUAUGGAGGAGUCCUGAUGGUGAUGAUGACCAACUGAUCCAAAUCACGAUAAAGGAUGUAAGUGUUGAAAAUGUGAAUCAGCAAAGAGGGGAGAAGAGCAUCUUCAAAGGAAAAAAUCCACCUAAAAUCAUAGGAAAGGAAAACUUGGAAGCUCUGCAUAGACCUAUACUCCUUCAUCUUAUCCAUGGAAAGGUCAAAGGGUUCUACUCAUAUCAAAAUGAGCCAGUAGCCAUAGAAAAUCUCAAGAGAGGGCUGGCUAGCUUAUUUCAGAUGCAGUUAAGCUCCGGAACCACCAAUGAGGUAGAUAUUUCUGGGGACUGUAAAGUGACAUACCAGGCUCAUCAAGACAAAGUGAUCAAAAUUAAAGCUUUGGAUUCAUGCAAAAUAGCAAGGUCUGGAUUUACAACCCCAAAUCAGGUCUUGGGUGUCAGUUCGAAAGCCACAUCUGUCACUACCUAUAAGAUAGAAGACAGCUUUGUUAUAGCUGUGCUCGCAGAAGAGACACAUGCUUUUGGGCUGAAUUUCCUACAAACCAUUACAGGAAAAAUAGUAUCAAAGCAAAAAUUAGAGCUGAAGACAACAGAAGCAGGCUCAAGACUGAAACCUGGAAAGCAGGUUGCAGCCAUAAUUAAAGCAGUUGAUUCAAAGUACACGGCCAUUCCCAUUGUGGGACAGGUCUUCCAGAGUGAGUGCAAAGGUUGCCCUUCUCUCCUGAAGCGCUGGCAGUCCACAAGGAAGCACCUGCAGCCUGACAACCUCUCCAAGGCUGAGGCUGUCACACACUUCCUGGCCUUCAUACAGCACCUCAGGACUGCGAAGAAAGAAGAGAUCCUUCAAAUACUGAAGACUGAAAACAAGGAAGUACUACCUCAGCUGGUGGAUGCUGUCACCUCUGCUCAGACCCCAGACUCACUAGAAGCCAUUUUGGACUUUUUGGAUUUCAAAAGUGACAGUAGCAUUAUCCUCCAGGAGAGGUUUCUCUAUGCCUGCGGAUUUGCUUCCCAUCCCAGUGAAGAACUCCUGAGAGCCCUCAUUAGUAAGUUCAAAGGGUCCUUUGGGAGCGAUGACAUCAGAGAAACUGUUAUGAUCAUCAUCGGGGCCCUCGUCAGGAAGUUCUGUCAGAACGAAGGCUGCAAACUCAAAGCAGUAGUUGAAGCCAAGAAGUUAAUCUUGGGAGGACUUGAAAAAGCAAAGAAAAAAGAGGACAUCAUAAUGUACCUGCUGGCUCUGAAGAAUGCCCUGCUUCCAGAAGGCAUCCCACUCCUUCUCAAGUAUGCUGAGGCAGGAGAAGGUCCUGUCAGCCACCUUGCUACCACUGCUCUCCAGAGAUAUGAUGUCCCUUUCAUUACUGAUGAGGUAAAGAAGACCUUGAACAGGAUAUACCACCAGAAUCGUAAAAUUCAUGAAAAGACUGUGCGCACUACUGCAGCUGCUGUCAUUUUAAGUAGCAAUCCAUCCUACAUGGAAGUAAAAAACAUCCUGCUCUCUAUUGGAGAGCUUCCCAAAGAAAUGAAUAAAUACAUGCUCGCCGUUGUUCAAAACAUCCUACGUUUUGAAAUGCCUGCAAGCAAAAUGGUCCGUCGUGUUCUGAAGGAAAUGGUCAUUCACAACUAUGACCGUUUCUCCAAGAGUGGAUCCUCUUCUGCCUAUACUGGCUACAUAGAACGUAGUCCCCAUUCGGCAUCUACUUACAGCCUUGACAUUCUUUACUCUGGUUCUGGAAUUCUAAGGAGAAGUAACAUGAACAUCUUUCAGUACAUUAGGAAUUCUGAACUUCAUGGUAGCCAGGUGGUCAUUGAAGCCCAAGGACUGGAGGCUUUAAUUGCAGCCACUCCCGACGAAGGGGAGGAGAACCUUGACUCCUAUGCUGGCAUGUCAGCCAUCCUCUUUGAUGUUCAGCUCAGGCCUGUCACUUUUUUCAAUGGAUACAGUGAUUUGAUGUCCAAAAUGCUGUCAACAUCCAGUGACCCUGUCAGUGUGGUGAAAGGACUUAUUCUGCUAAUAGAUCAUUCUCAGGAGCUUCAGUUGCAAUCUGGACUAAAGUCAAAUAUUGAGGUCCAGGGUGGUUUAGCUAUUGAUAUUUCAGGUGCACUGGAGUUUAGUCUGUGGUAUCGUGAGUCUAAAACCCGAGUGAAAAACCGGGUGACUAUGGUAAUAAUUGGUGACAUCACAGUGGAUGCCUCUUUUGUGAAAGCUGGUCUGGAAACCAGUGCAGAAACAGAAGCAGGCCUGGAAUUUAUCUCCACAGUGCAGUUUUCUCAGUACCCUUUCUUAGUUUGCAUGCAGAUGGACAAAGACGAAGCUCCAUUUAGGCAAUUUGAGACAAAGUACGAAAGGUUGUCCACUGGCAGAGGUUAUGUCUCUCGGAGAAGAAAAGAAAGCCUACUGGCAGGAUGUGAAUUCCCGCUCCAUCGAGAAAACUCUGAGAUGUGCAAUGCGGUGUUUGCCCCUCAACUGGAGAGUACUUCCAGUGGAUGGUUUUGA